AUGUUCUGGCUCACAUAUCUUUACUGCAAAGUGGUGGCAGUCCUGAUACGGACCAUUGCCCGUUCCAGGCUAUCCACCGCGAAACCGGAUGACGUUCGUCAGAUCCAGUCGCGAGAGCCUUCAAGAAGCAUCAAAAUCCAUGUCUACGAGUCUGGAACCGGAUCGAAGCCUGCCCCAGUUCUUAUAAACUUCCACGGGAGUGGAUUUAUUCUCCCUCUCCAUGGAUCGGACGACGAAUUCUGUCGGUUAGUGAACCAGAGGACUGGAUAUGCAGUUCUAGAUGCCCAGUACCGGCUGGCACCGGAACACCCAUUCCCAGCGGCGCUCAACGACGUUGAGGAUGUGGUAAAUUGGGUACUGCAGCAGCCAGACAACUUCGACCGAGCUCGAAUCGCCAUUUCAGGUUUCAGUGCAGGAGGUAAUCUCGCUCUAGCUGCCUCAUCGACUCUGUUUCCUCGCGAGACGUUUCAUGCUGUUCUCACCUUCUACCCGCCCGUUGACCUUGAUACCGAUCCCGGUUCAAAAGCGCCUCCAGAUCCCACCGGAACUCCCCUUCCCGCGUUUCUGGCUCGGCUGUUUGACAAGUGCUACAUCCCCUCGUCGCAUGACAAAAAAGACCCUCGGAUUUCGCCGUAUUAUGCACACCCCGAUUGCUUCCCUAGCCGUGUCCUGAUGAUAACGGCAGCCGGGGACAGCCUGGCGCAAGAAGCCGAGGAACUGGCGGUCAAGUUAGGGAAGGAGGCUGGCGGCAAAGUGGUCUCCCAGAGAAUGGAGGGCUGCGACCAUGGUUGGAACAUCUCGCCCAAGAAUACGGUGCAACGGGAGGCAAGAGACCAAGCAUACAACAUGGUUUUUGCUUUGUUGAAUGAGCGGUGA